AUGAGCAUUGAAGAACCGGUGGCAACGUACCUCAUGCGAGGAACUCAUCCUAAAGGGCUGACCGAUCAUACCCAAUAUAACGAUGAGGUAUCGAAGAUUCUAGCCACUUCCCUUGAGCAAAGUAUGGAUGAUCAUUCUUGUGGGGGUGUACUCGAUGGUAUAUGGGAUAAAUCCACGGUUAUCGAAGGUUGUCGAGAAGGUGUGGGCAGACUGUAUGGCCAAUACCCGUAUAAUCGAAGUCUGUUCCUCGAGGACAAAGCUUCGUUAAAUCAUGUCAGACGAUUUGCCACCAUUACGAGAGAUCCCAGCUGCGUCAACGGUCUGAUUGUCAUCAGUAAAGAGGAUUUUGGGUUACUUUAUAGAGGAUGGUCAGAAGACGAACCAAUGCCUUGGAAGAGCUUCAAGCCUGAUUUCAUGAGAAUGUAUGUUCCUGCAGAUGGUACCAACAUAUACGAUGCUACGGGGUAUCCAAUCGAUGGAAUCGAAUCGGAGGAUGUCAGGAGAUCAACCUUGACGCAGAUCUACAGCGAUGUAUGGGAGAAAGGUACAAGUGAUGGUGAACUACCAAGUAGUAAAGUGAUCAAGAGUACUGUAGAGGCCCAUAAACGUAGGAGAUACGGAUUGGUCUGUGUUAACAACGAGACACUCAGUGAAUUAGAUGUCCUGGAGGACCCAGUGUAA